CUGCGCGCGUCGAUGUCGAGAUAGAAUAUCUGAGCAACAGACCAGAGAAAGGAGAUCUAUUUCCUUGGUGUAGUUACUUUUAUUACAUUGCUUCUCGGGCUUUUCUCUCCUCUCUCUUACAUUCCUUCCUUGGACUAUUUUGUAACCAACGCUUUUUCGCUCCCCCGUUUCCCACCCCCCUACAUAACAUUUUACAGACAAACAUCUCCGCCCGUCAUGUCUACCUCAAGAGUUGGCCUGCGCUUCUUCCAGAACUACAGAUCUGCUUUCCAGAACCUAUCAAGUCCCCUCCGCAGACAUGGAUUGAGAUCUCGGCGAUUCCAAAGCACUGAAGCCGGCUCGUCCACUGCUCCCCAACAGAGCUUCCUGCAGCGGUCAUGGAACAGUCCCAUCGGCCUCAAGACGGUGCAUUUCUGGGCCCCGAUCAUGAAGUGGAUCCUCGUUCUAGCCGGCCUCUCUGAUCUCACACGACCCGCCGACAAGCUCUCUCUAACUCAGAACGGUGCCUUGAUGGCCACCGGCGCAAUCUGGACGCGAUGGUGUUUCGUCAUUAAACCAAAAAAUAUCCUUCUCGCCGCGGUUAACUUCUUCGUUGGAUGCGUGGGAUUCACGCAAGUUACUCGUAUCUUCCUGCAUAGACGAGCUGUCGAUGGGUCGGCUAAAGAGGCACUGAAGGACAUGACCCACGAAGCUACCGAUCCCGUCAAGGCCGCCGUGAUCAAAGUUGAGCAUAAGGCGGAGGAAUUGAUUAAGAAACAUUAAAUACUAGAGAGGCAAAAUAUGACGCUAGGGCUUUUCUCUUUAGCGGGGAGGAAGGGAAAUGUGUGGGGGCUGAUGGGAUAAAUCUAAUUCUUCUUAUAUAUAGUUGGACCAGAGGCUAUAUACAUUUGGGAGGAUGAUUCAGAACUUUGUUUCUGGCUUCUUGGGCAUGCAAUAAAUAAUACCUAGUCAGUGAACCUUUUGCAUAAAGUAUAAAGUAUGUAGAUUGGGAUAUUUAGCUACCAUACGUAGCUUCUCCGCAUGCACCGAACAGCUAGCUACAUUCAAUUAUUCCCCACAACUUUGCCCCCAAUUACGUAGAAAUGAUUUGUCGGGUUGUGGGCAUCCGUCAUAGAUGUCAAGCGAAUGCUUCAGUCUUCCCGUAAAUCAUGCCACACGGCUUGGACGGGACCUAGGAAC